AUGCCCAACUCAUCCUCUAUCCACGCACUCCAAGGCCCUCUCGAUGCAAGUCUCUUCUCCGACAGCAUCGCAUGUCUGGGCCUGCAAGCCCCCUGGGACUUCUACAUCGUUUCGUCUGCGACGGCCUUGUUGCUCCUUGGCUGCUGGGCAGGUGCGAAGGUGCUGGACAUGGCGCUGACCAAGAGUUCAUCCAAGUAUGCAAGCAUGAGCUCUAGAACAAAGAAGAACAUAUGCAUCUACAUCCUGGAAGUUGUGAUAACCACACCGGCAUUCUUGUACUGUGUCGCCCUGGUACCCGAGAGCUUGGACAUGAGCUCGAUCGGGACUGAGGAUACAGUCGUGGAGCAGUACAAAGCGGCUGGUACGAUGGGAAGCUUGGUGGUACAUUUAUACAUCUUUGAGAUGCUGUACAAGGAUCGGAUAGACUGGAUGCUGCUGACACAUCACCUCAUGACUAUCUUGGUUGGGGUUGUCUUGUGGAACGCUCUGUACUACACCCUUGACCUGCGCAUUGUACCAUACUUUGCUACAAGCCUUCUCUUCGCCGCCGUGACAGAGCAACCCACUUUCAUCGCACUUCUCCUGUAUCGCUUCAGCGAGUCUCGAGUCGUCCGACGUAUGCUUCAGUUCGCAGCCAUCUGGUCCUGCAUCACAAAGGUGUAUGCGUUUUGCCUGACAUGGGCCGUGUAUCACCGAGGAUUGCUGUAUCCCACGAAGAAGAUCAUCAGUAUCAGAGGGAGCUUCGACUGGGAGCUGUUCUUCAAGGUUUACAUCCCCAUUGCGAGCAUUCUGCUUGUGGUGCUUCAGCUCAAGGCGAACUACACCCUGUAUCUCAUCAGCCUGAAGCACGCAUCGAAGAGCGACGAUAGUCAGCUGCAGGUAGAUCGAGACACCGUGGCAAAGAAGGGGCUCAAGGGUGACUGCGAAGCUCAACACCUGGUCGAUGUUGUACUUCUUGAUGGUACCAGAUCGUCUUUGUCGUCAGCCUCCACGGCAAGCAUGCUGCCCUACUAA